GGACAAAAUCACUCGCUGGAACGAACAAGGCGUUUUCUCUCAGGAAAACAUCAUGCGCCGCCUCGACGAAAACGUCGAGGAAUGGUGCUGCCUCAAUGAUGCCGAGUUGCAGGCCCUCACAAAAACCCUUUCCGCCCACAACGGUGCCCUAAGCGAAGACCAGUUCAUCAAAAUCCUCCAGCACCAGGCAGGCGGCGAAGAGAUUGUCCCCCAUCAAGUCGGCAGCCUCCUCUACAAUGCCCUCGCAUACCUUAGCCGGGUCCCAUUUGUUGGCUCCAUGCCGCCUCCAAGCAGCCUUGAUGAAAAGCAACUCCGCCGCGCCAUCUCCUGGCUCAUUUGGGACAGCCACCGCCACAUCCUCGUCGGCACCGCCGAGCAGUCCCUGGAAAUCACCGACCGCGACCACCUCCGCCUGCUGUUUAGGAGCCUGGCCGCUGCUGCCACCGCGAGUUUGACCAAUGACGACGUCGACACCACCGCCAAAACUAGCAACACGGACGCGGCCACGGCCACUGACCAAGAAGAUGACACCCGUCUCUCAGAGGCCCUUGACGUGCUCUAUAUUGCGCAGCCAGCCAUUCUCCCCUUCGUCUGCGUGCGACGCCAUGAGUUCGUGCCCCUCGCGUGGCAGCUAAUGGAGGGCAGGAGCUCGCGGCUGCGGGAAGUACGGAUUCCGCGGCGCACUCUCGCGGCACUGGCGAGGGCGUUGUUAGCGCUUCAGCUGGAACCGGCAGUUACUGGACAUGACGAGGAGAUGGAAAGAGCGGCAUGGAGGACUGUAGCCGCUAUGGUGCAGGACGAGGACAAGGUUGAUGAAAAUGGUUAUGUGACGUGGGAGGGAUUUGAAGAGGGAUUUGCGUCAAUGCCCGUGCUCCUCGAGCCCCUAUACAGAGUUACAGCCCAAUGCCUCUUCUCGGGCCUCCAGCCCCAUGACUUCAACGACCCCCUCGACUUCACCCCAGCCAACGAAAAGUACUCUACCAGCAUCGCCAGCAUUACUCAUCCACCGAUCUUCACCCACGCCCGCAUCGCCCAACUAAACAUCUUUUUCAAUCAAUCCGUUUGGUUCGAAGAGCUGAAAGUAUACCACCACCACACCACAACGCUAUCUAAGCCAUCUACAAACCCUCCGACAGCGCCCGCAUCCUUAGCCCGCAUCCUCGCUUCGGUCGACACGCACGGAUUUCUUCUACUGCGUGGCCGCGACGCGAAGGGCACGCCCUACAUCGUGGGCAUCUACACGCCUUACCCCAGCGCCGACCGCGCGUCUAUCCAACCCCGUCCCUAUUCUAACAGCUGCCGGUGCGGAGUUUUUGUGCUGGAGCCUAUGGUGCGUUUCCAUGAGGGGGUGGAGGGGAUAGUUGGCUGGGAGGAGGAAGAGGACGAGGUGAGGUUUUGUGGAGGACGGUUGGUGCUUAAAAAGGGCGAGGAGGAGGGGAGUUUGAGAGUGAGGUUUAGGACGGGACGGGUUAGACGUGGGGAUGGAGACGAUGCUGCUGCUAGUGAAGGAGUACAGACUGAGAUGGAGGUGGAGGUUGAGAGUGUUGAAAUUUGGGGCUACGAAGAGGAGGAAGAUGAGGAGGAGAAAGUAGAGGAGAAAGUGGAGGAAAAGAGGGAUGAAAAGGAGAAGGAGUGAUUAUGAAGGAGAAAAGAUAGUGUCGAUGAAAUAAUAAACGACAUGACUAGGCGUGUUUGAUGAUAAAGACGCAAGCAUUUUGGCAGCGGGAUAAAUACACUAUAACAUUUUACUC